GUAACAGCAUCCCAGUGAUACUCUGAUAGCAUGUCUUAUACGCUUAAACAUGCAUUCUCUCAUUCACUCACUCUUCUAGCUUCCUUUUCAAUACUCUUAGUGGUCCCUUCUUCUUGUUUCAACCCCAAAAAGAUUGUGAAUGCUUCAAUUCAUUCAUACUCUUCAGAUGGUUCAUGGUCAUCUGCCGUGGCUACUUGGUAUGGACCUUCCCAUGGGGAUGGAAGUGAAGGUGGUGCUUGUGGUUAUGGCAGAACUGUUGGGGAGCCUCCAUUCUCAUCAAUGAUAGCUGCAGGAAGCCGUCCUUUGUUUGAUUCAGGCAAAGGCUGUGGUUCUUGUUACGAGGUGAAGUGCACAGGGAAUAAAGCAUGCUCAGGCAACCCUGUGAGGGUAGUCAUCACAGAUAACUGUCCUGAUUGUGGUUCUGACGCACAUUUUGAUAUGAGUGGCGCUGCUUUUGGUCAAAUGGCAGUUUCAGGUCAAGCCGAUCAACUACGCAAUGUUGGCAGAAUAGCCAUUCAAUACAACAGGGUUGCAUGCAACUACGGUAGGUCAAUAGUUUUCCAUGUGGACUCUGGAUCGAACCAAGAUUAUUUAGCAGUGAUGGUUGAAUAUGAAGAUGGAGAUGGUGAACUUGAGAGAGUUGAAGUGAAGGAAGCAUCUUCAGAGUCAUGGGAAGCCAUGGAAAAAUCUUGGGGUGCAGUUUGGAAAUAUAACAAACGGUCACAACUCAAAGCACCAUUCUCUAUAAGGCUAACCAACUUUGAGUCCAAGACUAUUGAGGCUAGCAAUGUCAUUCCUGCUGGCUGGACACCUGGUAGUUCUUAUGUAUCGAAUGUUAAUUUUUGA